AUGGCUCGCUCUUCCCGGUCGACUCGGACAGCAGCAGCGCGGCCGUCCAACUCGGUCACGACUCCCGCUCCUGUCCGGAGCAUUGACACCUUUGGCCGCGUCUCAAAGCGAGUCACGCCUUCCUCUACAAAAAAGCAGGCAGGUGCAAACGAGGUCGUUGCCGAGCGGUUCCUGGCCGGACAGAAGGCACAGAAGGCACAAAUCAGAAUCGAGCUUCCAGCCCUUCCUUCCUCCAAACAGCCAGCAGCGGUCUCGCCUGCGGCCACUCCGAAAUCACGCAAGCGACGAGCCUCGGAAAGCGAGCAAGAUAACGAUGCUUCGCAAAAGUCGGAAAUUUCUUCAAAGCGUGCCCGUCACCCUAGAAACACCAAAGCCCCUUCGAUUGCAGCUCUUCUCUCACAACAGAAAAGAAGGACAUCUGAUGCUUCCUCCUCAUCGGACGAUGGCAGUGACAAGAAUGCCAGCCAUCUUCUCUCACGCCUGAAUCUCCAGGCAUCCCUUUCACCUUCGCCGUCAGUCCUACCACGCUCGACAUCUUCCUCUCCGCGGCCAGCCAGCACUGCUCCAACAACCCCCUGCGAGUCGGAGACUGAACCAGAUAGCUGUCCUGAGGCCGCCGUCCUUCCUUGCGACCUUGCUGAGCUCCUCCAGCUUCAAACUUCCUUCGCGAAGGCACUCGCCCUACACCACGCCCACCAUGGCACCAACGCGCCUGUCGAUCUACGUGUUCUCUGCCCGAGUAUAGCGCAGGCCUGGGGCAAGCGGCGGGUCACACGGGAGGAUAUCCAGCGCUGCAUUGGCGUGGCAACAACCAAGAAGGACACGAGCGCACUCUUCCUGUCGGACUACGGCCGUGGGAAAAUAUGUAUCGAAUUGCAGCCCAAUGCAGCAUCUACCGGCACACUCAGCAAUCAGCUCAACCAGAUGUUUGAGACCAAUUUGCGGGCCCUUUGGUCCGAGGUUGCUGGCCGUGACCCCGCUGCCAUAAAGGCGUUCAUCCAGAACCUUCCCAAGGCGCCAGUCAAGAAGUGCACUUCGCUCUUGCAGACCUCGGCCUUGAGAGCCAAGGGACAGCGAACCUUGGAAGAGCUGAUGCAUGGCAUAGCUCUGAGAAAAGAGGAAAAGGAGGCAAGGGAGGCCCUGUUGAAGGCACCCGUGGUAGUGCAGGCACAACCACAGGCCACUCAGCAGCAGUCGGCACAGGCGCCGUCUGUGGCCGUCAACGCAGAUGGGACUCCGAUGGGUCUGCUUGACCGCAUCCGGUACCGCCAGAUGCAGCGGACGCAACAGCAGACGUCCGGUGCUGCACCGCCGACGCCAGAAGAGCUGGAGCGGCGCGCUGCCUUACAUCGGGCAUGCGAUAUUGCCGAGGUGCUGUCAAUGCUCUGCACGUCGUCCCGCCAGCAGAACCGGGUUUCGUUUAGCAUGGUUGCCAUCCUUACCAAGCUCAAGGACUCGCUCCGGCUACCUAUCUCGCGCGAGGAGGGUGCAGCAUGCGUUCGGCUCUUGGCCAAGGAGAUCGCGCCUCAGUGGAUUCAAAUCGUCAGCAUGGGCGGUCGGGAGAUCGUCAUCAUGUUGACAGACUUCGUGCCAAGCAAGGCGGCCAUGCAGAGCCGUGUUCAAAGCUUGUGCCAGUGA